AUGGCGACCCCUCAGUCCACCACGACCGACGACGGCGGCGCCCCAAAGCACGAGCAGAUCACAUUCCGCUUCUGCUCCGAAUGCUCCAACAUGCUGUAUCCCAAGGAGGACGAAGAGCUGCGCAAGCUGCAGUUCACCUGCCGCACCUGCCAGUACACCGAGGAUGCGCAGUCGACCUGCGUCUUCCGCAACGUGCUCAACAGCUCGUCUGGCGAGACGGCCGGUGUCACUCAGGAUGUCGCCUCUGAUCCCACGCUCCCACGAUCCAACAAGACAUGCCCGAAAUGCGGUCAUCAAGAAGCCGUCUUCUUUCAGUCACAAGAACGCAGUGCUGAUACUGGCAUGAAACUGUUCUACGUCUGCUGCGACUGUGGUCACAUUUUCGAUUAG